AUGCCAUCUAGACGUGAUCCUUGGUAUGCACAGCCAGGCGACGAUAAUCGCCCAUCAUGUGCCCGAUGUCAAACUACCGGACGAAAUUGUGUCCGCUCACAAUCCCAAUUCCAAUUCUUGAACAGCACGAGCGCUGAAUACGAGCAGACUGCAGCGAAUAGGCCGAGUCCAUCCAAGACAGAUACCUCGGUUUGCUCAGAUGUCGAGCAUGUCGACGAGACACCCGCCUUGGCUGCUCUGUACCACCAGGACCCUCCACCUUUGCUCCCUCAGGCCACACCUCGUUCUCAGUCUACCGCCUAUACCUUCAGCCUAUCCACUCCAGGCCAUCUCUGGGACACAUCGUCUCCUGCCUCUCCCACAUCCUUGACAUCUAUCCCACCACCCCCAGCCCAACUCACUCUCGAAGAGGCAUGUCUACUCCGCUACUUUGCCGAAGCCCUGGGGAAAUGGUUCGACCUGUGUGACCCUCAGCGACACUUCACCACCGUGGUCCCCCAACGAGCCCGAACCUGUCCCCCAUUACUCGAUGCCGUCCUCUCCGCCUCAGCCCGACACUUCAGCACCCUCCCUUCCCCCAAACAAGUCGAAAUCACCCGCAAAUACGGCCUCCAGGAUGGCCUCACCAUCACCGAACAAUCCACCCUGCUAUACCACAACCGCUGCAUUGCCCACCUCCGCUCCGUAAGCGAGGAACCCAACGCCAUGAUGGACGAGAACCUCCUCGCAGCGGUAGUCACCCUGCGCUUCUAUGAAGAACUCGACACCCCCUUCCACCCCUCCCCCCCAACCACGGCAAUCCACGGCCUCCAAAUCUUCCUCGAAGCCCAAUCCCACCAUCCCACCAUCAACAACCCUCACCCCUGGACCCUCCGCCAAAGCGCCUUCUGGAUCGGCAUCAGGCAAGAAUUCCACAUGGCAUUUUCCCAACAACGACCCUUCCGACUUCCCCUUUCCCUCUCCAUCCUCUCCUCAUACCCAGUCCCAACACCAAGUACACCAGACCACAUCCGGGUCAACUCCCUUCUCAUUCUCUGCGCUGAGAUAAUCCAUCACGAAACGAAACGAAUGGAUAUCCUCCUGCCCCCAUCAUUCAUCCCCGUGUACACCACACCCGGGAACAUAAAAGAAGGUCUAUUCCCGAAUAAAUGGUACAUGGAUGAAUGCCACAUCGUUGCGGCGCAGAGUUUAUGUUUUGUGAGGAUUUUGUUAGGGGCGUUUAAUCCGAGGUUACUUGGGCUUAGCCUUGGGAAUGGGAUUGGGAUGGAAGCAGCAGCAGAGGAGGUACGUGAUGCCGUGUGGGAGGUUUGUGGGAUCGGGGUAUCGAAUCGAUGGAAUCCGACGGGGAUGUUGAUUGCGGCGUUUGCGGUGGUGGUUUGUGCGGAGAGGUUUCGGGGGAGGAAGAGACAGCAGGAGGUGUUGAUGGGGGUGGUGAGGGAGAUGAGGGAGGAGAGGAAUUAUUGGCCGGGGGUGGAGAUGGAGAAGAGGGUUAGAGAUGUUUGGGAUAAUAAUUAG